AAAAGACAUUGCACCAAAAAGGUGCUGGAGAAACAUUUAAUAAUAAAUCAACAUGGCAAUUAGCUGCGGGCUCGCCUUGCUCAUUGUUAUCCUCAGUGCUGGUAGCAAUAUUUUAGCAUCACAAGGUAUGUUUGUUAUAUUUACCAUUUUAUAUAUACCAUUUAUUGAAAUAUGGAGUUGAGGAAUCAACAUCUGGCGUCACUGACAGUUUGGUGUAUACGUUACUUCAAGUAACACCGUGAUUUUAUAAUACUGCAGAAUUCUCGCGUUGGUUCGUAGUCCUGCAUGCUUGCUAUUUUCGCACCAUUUAUAUAAUGUAUCGUAAUCUGAUAAAUUUUUCAAUAACAUUUUCCUAAAUUUAUAUAUUUUACUAUUUAAUCAGAGCCACUCGAGCAUCUUCGCCGACUACAAUUUGCCCAUAAAUCCGUUAUUUUGCCGACGAGAUGUUUUCAGGGAGUGUCCCCCUUAUAGCGCGACGGCCAUGCUCCGAAUUUUCUGAAUAGGCUUGUAACUUUUCCGAAUAGGGCAAUUUUCUAAAAGUUUUGGGGCAGCAUUCCCCAUUUACCCCUUCGCUACGGCCCUGACAGAUCAUUCAUUCUACAGGGGAUAUUAAAAUUUGAUACUCGUCCAAUAUAGAUGAUGUGACAACAAUGAUCAUGCAAAUGCUUUAAAAUGUCUUCUGUUUAACAGACCCGCCAUGAAUAAAUUUCGACCCGGCUCGUGUCAAUUUUGUACAAGAAAAUCACGAUCAUUCUGUGGAGAGAUAAGAAUAAUGAGAACCACAAAAAUUCUUUCGUCCCUGCAGGAAAUGUUUUAUUAAACCGUGUGCCAAACUGAUGUUUGGAUACACUAAAACGUAAGGUAAUCUGGUGUCAACCAUGACGCAAAUUUUAAAGAUUCAAGAUUUAUUGAUAAAAUGUACUAUUUACAAGAAAAGAAAAUGUAUAAAUCACACAAGAUAAUAAUUUAAAUUUACAAUUUCAUAUUGAAUGAAAAAGUGCGCAGUGGCCAAUGGAGCAUAAGCUUUCGAACAACAACAGUUGAUUAUGAUUCGAACACUCUAACAUAAACAAUUAGUCGAAAAAUAAGGUUGAACUUAUAUGCAUACAAAAUUAAUACUAAAAAGACGCUUCUGAACACAUGUUUCUGAAAAUGCAUGUUUACUGUUUAGGCGUUUCUCAAUUCUUGAUUUAGUAAAAAUAAAACAGUUUUAUUUGUUUGUACAAAACAAAGAAAGAGGAAGUCGUUGGAAAAAAGAGCUUUUAAUUAACGUGCAGUAAAUCGAUAGUAUUGGCUCUUGUAGGUUUCAGGCAACAUUAUAUACGUCCUGUGUAAAGAGCAAAUUAAUCACAAACGCCUGUCAAUUGGGCAAAGACAGUGCAUGCUAGAAAGGCGUAGGAGAACGAUAAUACAAAAUCAAAAUGGCAGACAGGCUCGUUGUUUUCUGCUUUAUCUUAAGUGUUGCUUUCUUACUAUCAGAAGGUAAAUAAUAAGUAUGUUUUUAUACCUUUAACCACUGUAUGACACACCAUGUGUGAGCAUGAUAUAUGAGUAUAUCCCUUAUUAUAGGGGGCUACAGCAUCUCAGGAAGGUACAGCAUCCUCUAUAUCACACACUAUAUGUGUGCAUGCUAUAUGAGCAUAUCCCUUAUUAUAGGAGGGUACAUGCAGUAUCUCAGUAAGGUACAGCACUUUAAAUGCAUUAAUUUAAUGAUAGAUUACGCAUGGGAAAGAUAAACCACAUCAUUUGGAUGCCCUACACAUAGUAGAUCAAGAAAGUGAACAAUUCUCGCACUGUUCCCGCAACUUUUGUGGUUUAAAAUUGUACAAUAAAAGUAAUUAUAUCUCAUUUGUGUCGGUUUUCUUUGAUCGUCCGAGGUUUAUAACUAGCUAAUAUACCUUGAAUAAAUAAUUACAUCAAACUUUCCGACAAAACGCGAGAAUUUUUCAUCAAAAAUUUUUGAAAAUGACAAAAUAUGUUAGAAAACCUCCACAAAUGAGAUAUAAACCUCGAAAGUCGGUGUAUAACUGAUAUAUUGCCCUCGGACGCUUCGCGUCCUCGGGGGCAAUAUAUCAGUUAUAAACCUCCUUCUCGGUUUAUAACUCUAACUUAUAAGCAUUGCAUGGGCGGAUUAGACUAGACUCUCCACUUCCUCAGCCACUUCCUCAGCCGUUGAUCGUAGACGCCAAGUGUACAUGCAGUGAUACGUCUGCAAAGCGUGAUUAUAUAUAGUUUUAUGUAGUUCAGGGUUGGAAAUAUAUAAAAAAUAUAAGUUACCUUGGUUUGGAAGGGAAAUUGACAUAGACCAUGUACUAAAAAUGUCAACAUUAAUAACAUUAUUAUGGGCCGGUUGUAUCUUUAAGUAGUCAUUUAACAUUUUAACCAGCCGUUUUCAUAUCUAUAUCCAGGGUGUGUAUAAAAAAGGGUAAUUCAACUUUUGCAUGACAUUGUUAGUAAUUUAUUCACUGUAUAAACGUAUUUUUUUCAUAAUCAUAAAGAUCAGGAUUUUAUAGCUGUUAAACGACAAGUCUUUCAUCCAACACGGAGAAAAAAUGAGCAAAUCCGAUGAAAAUCAUUGCAUGCAUGUCGAAAUACCAUAUUUUGUCUAACAAAAAGAGGAAACGCAAUUAAUAGGAAACGCAAACAAAAGGAAAGCAAUAAAUCACCAAUGUGUCAUUUUAACAAAGAGCUUAGAGCUGGUUUACAAGAUGUUUAUAAUAAUUAUGCAUAAGCAGUCUGGUAUUUUAUUGAAGUGAAACUCGUUAAUUUAAGUCCCAAAGGGAAUUAAUUUUCAAUAGAUUUAGACCCAAUUCUCAACGGUGAAAAUAUGCAAUUUUGAAAAAUAAUUUUUAUCGUACUCGUAUUUGGGGGGACUUUUCAAUCUUAAAAAUAUUCUUAAUAAAAUUAUAUAUCGUGUUGCAAUGACAUUAUAACAAUUACUUUAAAUACUUCAUGUUCGAAAAAAAUGGUUUUGUGCGAGUUUCUGCAUGUAGGUAUUUUCUUGUAGUAAUAAUAAACUGAAAAUAUUUCAGCAAGCUCAUAUUUUCAGUUGGGCUAUAGCACAUAUACCCGAGUGAUUAUAGGACUUCUUACAAACAUGAAGUGGUGUCACAAACACAAAAACGUUUUGUUAUAAACAAAACUUGGCGGAAAGACCACUUCUGUAUAAUAUACUGAGUGCAUGGGAUCAAGGUAGGGCUUAUAAUAUAGCUCGCAUCCUUCCUUAUUGAAAAAAACACAUAAAGGUAUAUAGGAAGCAGAGACUUACAGAUGAAAGAAAUUUCAGGUUCUUUCUAUAAUAAUUGUGUGGUAUUCCUCGCUCGUCGCAUCAACAACAGAAUUAGAUUUACGACUUUACAACAGUUUUAAGACGCUUUAAGGUCAAUACACACUGGACGUGAUUCGACAACGCGACGCGAUUUUUCGAUUUUCACUGCAUGACCGACAACUUUGAUCCUACAAUCCUAGACAAAACCAUCUGCGACACUCUAUUACUGAACAUUCCUUUUUACCAGUUAGACCGAAAUAAUGUACUCGUUUGCCCCAAAACAAUGUUGGACGUUUUAUCACUAUUCUACGAAUGCAAUCAACAUUGAAUGGUAGGGGAAAGGGGGAGGUUUUCUAAAUUUACUAUAAUACUACGACAUUUUGUCAAAUAAUUGGAAGUAUCGCAGAUGUUUUGUCCAGGAUUGUAGUUUAAAUUUUCCAACUAUUUAAUUUGCUCUCAUUGGCUGUUUUAUUAACUUUCAAAAACUAAAAAAUAGCGUCGCGUUGUCGAAUCGCAUCCGGUGUGUCUGGACCUUUAAACAAUGAUCGCAGGCGUUUUUCGCAACAAUCUGGGGCCGGUUGUAUAAAAAAGUGAUUAAAGUUAAUCAUAUAGUUAAGUGGAAAUGUCAUCCAAUAAGAAGCGCCUAUUUGAGAGUUAAUCACUAUUUAACUACAAAAUAGUGAUUAAAAAAGUGAUUAAGAGUUUUAUACAACCGGCCCCUGGUAGUAAACAAUGUAACGUCACGCGACCAAAAUGGCAGGGUUUUUUCCAGCACUUCCAACCAAUUCAGUAACAAUUAUUCGCCGAAGGCGAGGUGAUCAUUGGGGAAUAUUCGCCGAUCGCGAGACGAUGUCGAGAUGAAUGUUCCCCGAUAAUCACUGAGCCUAAGGCGAAUAAUUGUUUUAGUAUUUUUGCACAAGUUUCUUUGUGUUUUUCUAAUAAUAAUAAUUUGGUCUGAAUUCAUUUUAAUUUCGCUUAUUUCUUUAUCACUAACUUCAACAAAACGGCUAGCCGCCAUUUUGAAAAUUUCGAGUUUGUUAUAUUCACCUGUAGGUGAAUAUCACGGAUUAAUACGUCAAAUUUGACCAAUCACCUUGUAAGAUUUGUUAUGUUCACUUGUACAAAAAUACUAAACCUCUUUAACAAAAGAUAGCGCAAUAUAUGAGGAAACCUGUACGAAUAUCUUAGUGUUCCUAUGUUAUUCCAUUGCGAAUCUUUUAGAUGCAAAAUGAAUAUAGGUUAUAUAUUUUCUUCAAGUAAAUUACAUAAUGAAUCAUUAAUUACAAAAAUGUUUCCUUUUCUUAUAUUUCUACUAAAAUUACACUAAAAUUAUACAAUUUUUGAGUUGUGUGUAUAUUUUUCAAAAGGAGGUGCAUGGCUACAAAUUUUGUUAUAACUAUAGCUGAGACUCUAUGUCGUGUUAACUAAGCAGCUGAUCUUGCAUCUUUGCAGCAGGCUGCUCCAUUUACUGUUCUAGAACAUUUGGCACACUGUUCUGGAACGAUAUAAAAUUCACAGGUACGAUAUAAGAGUCACAUACGCUGUUCUGGAACAGUGUUGAGUUUAUUAUAUAUGCGUGCAACCAUGCAUUACUGCUGUUAUUUGUACAUCUACGUAUGCUUUUGCAUCGUUUUUACUCGUUGAUUUUGCCUAACCCUGCAUGGCUUUCAAAUAGCAUAUAAUAAGUAUAUGUCGAAAUAUAGCAGUGAACCCUUCAAAAUAACGCUCUAUACAGUGUGCAUUGGAUACACAAAAUAUGUCACCUCAUUUCCAAUCACGUGAAACUAGGCAAUGUCACGUGUCUGUUCUGGCUGCCCCUACUCGAAAAUCGGGGUAGUCAUGAACAGUCAUGUGACUCUUUUCUGUUCCAUUAGUUUUCGGAAAAUCCGGAGUACUCCGAACAGUAAAUGGAGUAGCUUGUUGGCCGCUGGCAUAGACAUGCAUAUAGAGCGGAAACCUUUAUACCAGAUCAUGGUUAGGGUAUAUUACAAUUAACUGUACCAAGUACUGCAAGUUUAGUAUUCGAUGGCGUAUUUUCUUUUGGCGAGUUCUUCCAUUCUUUUAUGGCGUGAAUGUUUGUGUUUUGAUAGAAUAUGUAUAUUCAGUAAUUACUCGGGUACAGUAAACUUAAUCACAAAGCUCAAUCACAUUCAAGGGCUAAGACAAAUUGAUUACCCUUUGUUCCAUCAGUUGUUUAUAAUGUUGUUAUUGUAGAUGUUCCUAUCAAUUGUUGGUAUCCUUGAAGCAGCAUGAAAUUCGUGACAUUUUAUAACAUUAUACAGUUCAGACGAGCAGGUCAUUUCGGACCAAAAUUUUCGACCGGGCCAUCAAGAUUUAUACUUCCAUGCUAAAGCGGUUAAUAGAUUUUUAUAUCGCUGAAAAAGGUUAACUUAAGGAGGUGUUCUUCGGGAGAAACAAAAACGAUAACAAAGUCAUAUAUUUUCGGCAACAAACCACUCGAAUUGACCAAGUGAUCAAUAGUUCCAUACAACCUUCAGCGUCCAAUAUUUUCUUAUUACUUCACUGCAACCUGUUCAUUUUGCGUCCAAAAAAUUCGGAAUGGAUAGUUCUUGCCAAUAAAGUCUGAUCGAACGGGAUUCGAUGUAGUAAAACCACCAAAAAAGUAAAAAACCCUGAUUUCGUAAUACUAUAGCUAUAGGUUUUUUGGCCGGUUGAGCCACCAUCUUGGAUUUAUCAUGCAGGUGACGCCUCUUCAAGGCAUGAGUCAGCAAAGUAGUUCUCCUAUAUCUAUGUUUAGGACUCGUAGUUCUAAUUAUUCCAAUACCAAGUAUCCAGCGAGUAAUGGUGUUCUAUUAUAUUGAGACAUUGCGCAUGAACAAGGCCGAAUGGCAAAUGCCCGUACAAACAAUUAAGUACUAAGAUCGAUCAUCUGUUACAAAUCCAAAAUUUAUAUUGUCCAAUCAUAAAACAGUAUUUAUACCACGUGACGGUGUGAUUUUUACGGCAUUCUACCCAAUUUUAUGAUUAUGCAAUGCAGCGCGAGAUAUAUAUAGGAUAUUAGACGGUUGCGAAGAGAUAUGGAUUUUAUGUUCGUGUGGCAAAAACAAUAUCUCACGAGUGAGCGCAGCGAACGAGUGACACAUUGUUUUUGACACGAGAAUGUAUUUUCGCACUUGUUAAUUUGGUAUUUUCGCACUUGUUAAUGGUACUAUGGUAUUUUCGCACUUGUUAAUGGUACUAUGGUAUUUUCGCACUUGUCAAUGGUACUAUGGUAUUUUCGCACUUGUUAAUUUGGUAUUUUCGCACUUGUUAGUACUAUGGUAUUUUCGCACUUGUUAAUGGUACUAUGGUAUUUUCGCACUGUUAAUUUGGUAUUUUCGCACUUGUUAAUGGUACUAUGGUAUUUUCGCACUUGUUAAUUUGGUAUUUUCGCACUUGUUAAUUUGGUAUUUUCGCACUUGUUAAUUUGUUUUCACAAAACUCACUCGCUCAUUGCACUCGCUCGUUCGUUUCGUGAAAACAAAUUAACGCGUGCGAAAAUACCAUACGUCAGCACUUCCCAUUAAGAAAUCUCUAUAUAUUCCAUAGCAGAUCUGCCACUGCAUACUAAUAUCGAACGCCGACCGCAUGCACUAGCAUAAUGAAAAAUAAAACAAUAUGGCGUUCUCGAAUGUUUUGUUAUGCUCGAUUGGAAACGAUUUCUUUCUUUAUCUAAGAAUUUUCACAUGAAUAUUAGGAGGUAUGUUACCUUCAAUGAUCCAAAGAAAAUAUGUUCAAAUCAAGGAUGUUUUCCAGGGGAUCGUGGGAAAACUCCAUCCUUCAACAAUAUUCAGUGGGACAACUGCACUCACCCUGACAAAAUUAAAAAUUCAGGGAGAACGGCGUUCCUCUGACAGGACUGACAGGAGUCAAUAAAACCACACAGACAGAUGUUGGUAUGUGUGUGUAAUACAACCUGCAAACAUGCAUGCUUCGGUAUUCGACGCCUCGGCAGUGCAGCUUAGUACACGUCUAGAUAUGUGGUGAUGAAAAUCGUAUUUAUAUACAAGUGAGCUCCAUUCAUAUCUGGAGUGAGAACUGGAGCCCGAAAAUGAAGCGAUCUAAUUCAACGCGAAGACAAAAACAAUAGAAAGGGACUCGGGAACUGACGUCCAAAAGCGGCUUUAAUGUCCGCCAUCUUGGCAAUGAGUGUGUCGAAAUUUCGCAUUUGGAGAUUGAUUUAAAGAAUAACACUUUGGUUUUAUCACAUGUAAAUUUGGCUACAUAUACGUUCUGUUAGAAAAAACUUGACUUAGUUUGGGAAAAUGAUAUAAAACCUGUCUACGACCUUCAGCUGAGCUAUUGGACGUCAAUAGCCACCAGUUUGGCUUCACUUUUCUCGUAUAAGCCGAAUGACUGAAAUUCCUGCUCCAGAUAUAAAUGAAGCUCGCUAGUUUAUACUCAUGAGCUUGCUCUCACCAAGUGCAUGUCAGUGACACUAACGCACCAGACAUGCACAGAGUGUCAUGGGCAAGGGCGCGCAAAUGACCACAUAGGAAGUGAUCCUAUGUGAAUUAAAUGACCACGUCCAUUCAAUUUUCACGUCCAUUCAAUUUUGAAAACAUCACUAAUUAAAAUAUUUUCAAAAGAGCGAACGUCAAAAACUCGGAUAUAAUAAAAAAUUAAAAUGAAACAUUGUAUUCGUGUAGUUGUUCAGCAAGUUUGUUUGCAGCAUAAUAUAUUAUUUAUGAACCCUCUCCUCGAAGCCCCUUGGGAAAAAAUCAUCACUUCGGGUAAUAUUUCGCCGAAUCUCCCUCGCUCCGUCUCCAAGUCAAAUAAAUUAUACUGAAUAUCGAUGGAACUAGAAUGAGUUACGAAAAUAUCACCUUAGCUCAGCCGGUAAAGUAUUGGCGUAUCCAAGUAAUCCAACCAAAUGUCGCGGAUAAACGGGGCCUUUUUAAACUAUAUAACUGGAGGUAUAAUGCAACACAAAAAAUAAUGUAUACCCAAAAAUCUGUCCCUUUUUGUAGAUGUCCCCCACAGACGAAAUCUUAGAAAAAGCCCUGCGUAUAAACGCCAUGAUUAUCUAAUAUCAACAUCGUCAUCACCUAAUUAUAUAUAAGCAUCAUCAUCAUCCAAUUUAAAUCUCAUAAAUUUUUCUUUAUAGGCAUGAAAUUCUCACAUAAAAAGUAUCUCAUCGUGUUAACAACGGGCUCAAAUAAAGGUCCAGUUGCGAAAAUUAAGGUCGAAGCAUCAACAGCUAGUAUUUCUUAUAGUAUCACGGGAGCACGCUCAUUAAUAGACAUCAACAAUGGCGGAGUACUGAUGUUAAUGGAAAACCUCGACGCUAAAAUUGUGUCUGCAUUGAACAACACCGAGAUUACAAUCGUAGCUAGUAAACAGGGUACAUCGGAGAAAGCUUCAACUAUAGUGAUUAUCAUCAUUCUACCUUUAUAUUUUGGUGAUCAGUACAUUCCUCAGAUCGCUAUGGAGGAAGAUUCCAGUGUGAAAGAAAAGCAGUCGCAAUUUAAACACAUCACGCCACGUGUUUUGCUUCGCUUCCUAAGACGACCGUCGCCAACUGCUAGAAGAAUCGCAUUGGCUCAAUUGAAAUUAGAAACGAAAAUUAUGAAAAUUAAGAAAAUGAUUAUCAAAAGAAUUGGUAAGCAAACAGCAAGUGAAAACCCAAAAUAUUAUCCAUUUCUACUUUUUUUUGUUCCUUUUUUUUACAAACUUAGUCAUAAAUGAUAGGUUAACCCUACAGAGCUUAUUGCUCCAUUUACAGGGUCCCUAAUAAUAUGUAUAUAUAUAAAAAAAACAAAAAAACAAACAUUAUUUACAACCCAUUUUAUCCACAAGACUGGACAACGGACGACACGAGUGACACUUGACACAUAUACUUUUAAAUAUUUGUGGAGCAUUAAUGUUAUAUAUUAUUUGUUUAGUCAUUGCUUCAUAAUAAGUUAACUAGGCCAAGAAGUAGUAUUUCUUGUUUUGUGAAUACGAAAGUUAACACACUCUAAAUAAUUAUUCAACUCUUCGUUAUUGACUGUCUUGACUAAUGUAAUUGCCAAGACAUUAUGUGAUUAGUAUAAUCAUCAUGCAAUUAGCAAAGUAAUUAUACAAUUAAGAAAAACACUAUGCAAUUAACAAAGUCAGUGCGGGGAGCUGUGGUGACUCAUGCAGUCGUCAAAUCUAUCGCAUUUCAUCCUCGGAGAUCGCGUGUUUGUUUUAUUCAUGUGACAAGAGUCUGGCAACGUUUUCCCGGGCAUAUAGAUUACCUCGCAUAGAGAAGGUUGACAAGAUCAGGGACGCCAGAACUGGGGGGCAGGAGGGGCAGCCGCCCCCCUUGCCCUUUACCAGGAGGGGCAAGGGAGGCCAAGGUGCCCUUUCAAUUUAAAGGAUUGCCUUGGCGAAAUAGCGAAUUGUCAGAAAUGUUAGUGCAAUUCUGUUAAGAAUUUGCUUCAGAAAACGCAAGAAAUGCAGUCAUCGAGCUUCAAGAAUAGCACAAUUGCCUGGCGGAGAACCCCCUCACACCCCUAUCAUCCAAUAAAUAGAAAACAUGAUUAGGCGAAGUUCAACUGCCUGAUGUUUUGCAAACAUCUCUUAGUAUAUAUCAAUUCAAAAGUGCCCUUUCACGAAAAUCUGCCCCCCCCCCCUUCCCUUCACAUCGUUCCGGCGUCCCUGGACAAGAUGGGUUGGGAUAAACAUAAUAAACAUAGUUAGGAAAGUAAGAGGCUGUUUAUAUGGUCCCGCUUACCUGGGAUUUAAUGUAGUGUGACGUAUUUCGAACAAUUGAUAUAAGUCGCAUUUCAUGAUCUAACAAAAUUGCUUGUUACAAAUUGUACGAAAUUCCAUGUUUUAGGCAAAGAACAAAUGUUUUUAAAGAACAAAUGUUUUUGAAUGCUAUUAAUCAUUUUCUUCCACUACAUAACUACUUCUAGCGCGUUCCAACAAUAUUUCAAGUUAUUAAACUUAUGUUUAGGGAUGAAACACGUAUUUCAAUUGCUCAAAAUACGUCACACUUCAUUGAAUCCCGGGUAAGCGGGACCAUAUAAACAGACCUUAAACAUCGCAAUUGCAUGCAUAGUGUAACAUUAAUAAUCUUGGUGAAAGCGUAAUACUUGAUGUAAAUGGUAAGUAAGUAAGUGUAAGUAUAAGUAAGCAUAACACUUGAUGUAAAUGGUCACUGAAAAGCUCCGAGAGAUAUAAUGUAUGCAUGUGCAAUCACACGUAAUUUUGACUGCACAUUUUUGUACAAAGUUGCACAUAUAUAUGCCGCAGAAGCACGCCCUUCCGCGCAUAAGCCGCGUCGAAGCUGCGCAGAAGCACGCCCUUUUAUAACACACACUUAUAAUAAUGUGCAACCACAAACCAGGCUUCAAUUGAUAUUCAAAAAUGCCAAAACCAACAUACACUGCACACAGUGCACAGCACCCAAGGUCGCCUCAGGAAAUUUGUGGGCUCAGGGCAAAUUUGACUUGGAGCCUUCAUGAUUCCAUUUUCUAACACAAUGAUUAGGGAGUAUUCUCUGUGGGAAAACUUUAAAAUAUGAGGUCCCAGAAUUGGAGAAAUCCAGCUGCAAUCUGGAAGUAUAGUUGACAGUAAUAUCUAUGUACAUUUCACUAUAAUUCUGUAUUUGGGAUUAUAGUGAAAUAUAUUUAUAGCAUUUAUAGUAUUUUUUAUAGUGUAUUUUAUUUUGUUUUUGGGAUUCCCUUUUUUAACUGGAACCCCAGGAAAAUUUUCCCCCUCCACAUCUCUUGGCGGCCUUCGUAGCACCUGUAGUUACGACUAUUGUGACGGUAUAGUUCCAUAAUAACAUGCUUGUAGAAAAAAUAUAUUUUCGUUUUCGCAAAUGCAAGGCUUGUAGACGUGAAAAACUUCUAUAGUGGAGUUUCAGCAACAUGCGCCCACAGAAAAUUGCGUAAUCUAGGCUCUCUAAAAGGGCAUUUCUUGCAAUGUGCGGGGACUCUCUAUAGAACUCUGAAGAUUAUUCACUAAUUACAAAAAUAUCAAAGUAGAUCUUUGGUGAGAGGUAAUAAUAAUUAUUAAAUAAUUUGUUCAUUUGAUGAACCUUAAGUACAAUAUUAUUAAUACGGUAAUUCUUUCUAUAAAAAGAGACUGACAUCAACUGCACAAUUAUACUAAACGUUGCGCACUCUGUUUGCAUUAAAUUUUCUGAAAUUUUUUAGCCGAGCGAUUUCGCGAUGCUCUUGUCCAGGCUAUUCUACACAUCAAAACACUGUUCUCAAAACAAAUGAUGGAAGAAAUGGACGACGAAUCAAACUGCCUUGAACCAACUGUGGCUAGCAGAUGUGAUUAUCGUGCGAGGUAUAGAACAUUUGAUGGUACAUGUAAUAACCUAUGGCACCCCAAUGAGGGAGCAUCCGAGAGAGGUUUUGAACGACUAUUGCCUGCGUUGUAUUUUGAUGCAGACGGACUUAAUGAUCCAAUUGGAUAUCCCAACCAACCAGGUGCGCCUACAGUACCAUCACCACACAGGGUCAGCCGAGAUUUCAUCAAAGACGAGAUAGCCGCUUCAUCGUCAUCAGCAACAUUGACCCACGCUGUGAUGCAGUUUGGUCAGUUUAUUGACCAUGACUUAGAUUUAGCUACUGACGUCGAAUUUGAAGGAAGAAAUACUUGUCUUGAUCUGCCGUAA